UGUGAUUCAAAAAUCAUUUCUCCUUAAUAUUCACGAAAAAUUAGCACGUGCCAAAAUUCCAAUUAGCACAGAUUUUUCGGACGAAAUUCCGGUUCCGCGUGGUACCUAUAUAAGACCGAGAUAUAUUCAGAUGGUCCAGUAGAAUAUUUUGCAUCGAACUAUUAAAUUGGCAAGAACUUUGCAGAUAUGAAAAAGUCAUUGGUCAUCUUGGUGCUGGUACUCAUUGGCAUCGUGGCUUCGGUACCGAUUCCAGAGACCCAAAAUGGACAAGAAUUAUUGGCUGGGCAAGACACGCGUUACUAUGGAUUCCCAUUCUUUUGGUUUGGUAGACCUGUAAACGAUGACGGCGAUGAUGAUUACACGGGCAAUGGCGGUCAGUACCACGCUGAAAAUCGUCAUCGUUCAUCCACUGUCUCUUACGUGGAAGUAGGUGGAGGUUGGGGACGUUAAAGCUCGAUACGGUCCUGGAUUGGAUAACGACGACCGUAAUGCAUCAUGGGAAUAGAAGCAUGACAAUCUACGUGACAAAUGAAACAUUAAGCCUAAUUUUACAUGUAAUCCAAGCGAAAGUAUAAUUCUGCUAAUUAUUAAAUUAAGAAGUUGACUAAGCAAAGGCAGAAAAUUCUGAUUGCGACUGUUGUGUAAUAUUUUUUCGAAUAACUAAUUUCUUUAAUAAACAUAUCCAAGGAUAAGCAAUUGCCAAUAAAUUCGAUCCGAGUCUCUGGAAGUUUCGAAAAAUUCGUAAAGAGUUUCUCCUCGAAGAUUCUUUACGCGGAUUAGCACGAAUCUUAGAAAGCCCGUUAUAUAUUAUGGGCAACUUGUUCGGUACAAAAGCACGGGCAAACGUUCUAACGAGACGUUAACGACACGUGUCAAUUUCUGUCGUAAGUCGCCAUAUCUAUAUAAGCUGCUCGAGGCGACUUUCCAUCAGACGUCGAAGUGAGCUCGUGAACGGAAAAACAAGACGAGCGUAAUCGUUGCGUGAGAAUAUAAAUAUAUAAAGAAAAAAAAAAAAGAAAAAAAAAAUGAAAAUAAAUAAUUAUCCGUGGGUCUUCCUGAUUGCCAUCCUGGUGAGCACUGGCCAUGCUGCACCCAUAAAGGAUAUUUUUCCAGGACAGGAAGCCGAGGUGAUAAGUAACGUUCUGGUUCGUCGUUUCUAUGGUCCUUGGAAUAAUAUUCCAAAGGCUAACGGAGAGUUCAGUGACUACGGGGACUAUGGAGUACGCGUUCACGACUAUCAGCCAAGUGCGGAGGACGAAGGUCCUGCCGCCGACUUCCCCUCGAAUUAUGGACUCGCUGGAGUCCAACCGGACACGGGAUACGACCCCAGUCAAUCGGGAGCUGAAUCCUUUGGCACAGGCGAGGCUCAAGGAACCGGUCAGGAGACUUCCGGUAACGUCGGUCAGUACAGUCAGCCAGAUGAGACCAGCAACGGGUACGGGGUCGCUCCUUACGGGGGCGAAGGGUAUAACCAGGAAGAAGCUCAAGGAAACGUACAUUGGACGUCUGCCUAAGUGUGUACGAAGAUUUAAAAAAUUUAUUAUUUACAUCUUUGUUAUAACCUAUUAUCAUUUAUAUUCAUUUUAUUAUAGAAUAAAUUUUAUUCUUUAAUUCGGGAA